CCCUCUAACUGAAACCGUCCAUGGUGGGCCCCACAAAGAUCAGACGGCGCGCAUUGCGUGCUCAUCUCAAACUAGGGUUUCGAAAUUCGCCCACCCCGCUAUAUAAGCCAAACAGUGACUGGCGACCGGUGCGGUGCAGGCCGGUCUGCCCUCCCCAAAAAACUCCACAUUUCUAUAAUUUCAUAAUUUUCUCCACCGUCGAACGUCUGAUUUCGUUCGGAUCUCCGACGAGCUAUCCUUCAUCGUUACUCUUCGCCCUCCUCUUCUUGGUAUCAUCCUGAAAAAAUCCCAAAAAAAGUUCAAAAUUUGCGAAAAAUUACCGGAAUAUAUAAUCCAGAGAUCGAUUAUUUUCAUUUUCGGUAUCCGAUCGUCGGAAGUAUCAUCUCAGGUUUGUCGACUAUCAAGUGUGGUUUGUUGUUGUAGGUCUGUUUACUAUUCUGUUGUUGGUGCUGUUGGUUGUUUCCCUAGGGUUUUGUUUGAAUAACAAGAAGAGGAGAGGGAAAAAAGAAAACUAAAAAAAUCAGAAAAAAGGUAAAAAAGAAAGUGAUCGGAGGGGUUGAUUUGGUCGAGAUGGCCCAGAUUCAGGUUCAGCAUCAGACUCCUGUGUCUGGUACGAACGGUGUGGCGGCUACUGGCGCGAAUCAGUUCGUGACGACGUCUCUGUACGUUGGUGACCUUGACUUCAACGUCACCGACUCGCAGCUCUAUGAUCUGUUCAACCAGCUUGGCCAGGUUGUGUCGGUUCGGGUUUGUAGGGACUUGAGCACUCGGCGAUCUCUCGGUUAUGGCUAUGUGAACUACAGCAAUCCUCAGGAUGCUGCAAGGGCAUUUGACGUAUUAAACUUCACUCCACUCAACGGCAAGUCUAUUAGGAUUAUGUAUUCUCAUCGUGAUCCCAGUAUUCGUAAAAGUGGAACUGCUAACAUAUUUAUCAAGAAUUUGGACAAGGCUAUUGACCACAAAGCAUUGCAUGACACCUUUUCUACCUUUGGCAGCAUUCUUUCUUGCAAGAUAGCCACUGAUCCUUCUGGACAGUCCAAAGGCUAUGGUUUUGUACAAUUUGAUAGUGAAGAAUCUGCUCAAAAUGCAAUAGAUAAGCUAAAUGGCAUGCUUAUAAAUGAUAAACAAGUUUAUGUUGGACCUUUCCUUCGGAAGCAAGAAAGAGAAAGUGCUUUGAAUAAGACAAAAUUCAAUAAUGUUUAUGUGAAAAACCUCUCAGAAUCCACUACUGAAGAGGAACUGAAAAAAAUAUUUGGUGAAUAUGGAACAAUUACUAGUGUUGUUGUAAUGAAGGAUGGAGAUGGCAAAUCAAAGUGUUUUGGAUUUGUCAACUUUGAGAAUGCAGAUGAUGCUGCAAAGGCUGUAGAUGCUCUAAAUGGGAAAAAAAUUGAGGACAAGGAGUGGUAUGUUGGAAAAGCCCAGAAGAAAGCAGAAAGAGAAGUUGAACUGAAAGAAAGAUUUGAGCAGACUAUGAAGGAGGCAGUAGACAAAUUCCAAGGAGUGAAUUUGUAUAUUAAGAACUUGGAUGACAGCAUUGGGGACGAGAAGCUCAAGGAAUUGUUUUCAGAGUAUGGAACAAUUACAUCAUGCAAGGUUAUGCGAGACCCCAAUGGAAUAAGCAGAGGUUCAGGAUUUGUUGCUUUCUCAACUCCUGAAGAAGCAUCUCGGGCUCUUUCUGAGAUGAAUGGGAAAAUGGUUGUAAGCAAACCCCUUUAUGUUGCUCUCGCACAGCGGAAAGAAGAAAGAAGAGCAAGGUUGCAGGCACAGUUUUCACAAAUGAGACCAGUUGCAAUGGGACCAUCAGUUGCUCCUCGCAUGCCUAUGUACCACCCUCCUGGCGCCCCCGGUCUUGGACAACAAAUAUUUUAUGGGCAAGCUCCCCCAGCUAUAAUUCCUCCUCAAGCUGGAUUUGGUUACCAACAGCAACUUGUUCCUGGAAUGAGGCCUGGUGGGGCUCCAAUGCCAAAUUUCUUUGUCCCACUUGUCCAGCAAGGUCAGCAAGGCCAGCGGCCAGGGGGAAGACGGGGAGCAGGUCCGGUGCAACAAAAUCAGCAGCCUGUGCCAAUGAUGCAACAGCAGAUGCUGCCAAGGGGACGUGUCUAUCGCUACCCACCUGGUCGCAACAUGCCAGAUGUUCCAAUGCCAGGUGCUGCUGGAGGCAUGAUGUCUGGUCCAUAUGACAUGGGCGGCAUGCCUAUGCGAGAUGCUGCAGUGGGACAGCCGAUGCCUAUUCCAGCACUGGCUACGGCACUUGCAAACGCAACACCUGAACAGCAGAGGACGAUGCUGGGUGAAAGCUUGUACCCUCUAGUGGAUCAGCUGGAGCAUGAGAUGGCGGCCAAGGUAACAGGCAUGCUUCUGGAGAUGGACCAGACUGAGGUGUUGCAUCUGCUUGAGUCGCCUGAUGCUCUGAAGGCCAAAGUUGCAGAGGCCAUGGAGGUCCUGAGGAAUGUUGCUCAGCAGCAGCAGGCCAAAAGCCCAGCUGAUCAACUGGCCACGCUGUCUCUGAAUGACAACCUUGUUUCUUGAGUUCGUGUUCUGAUAUCAUUGAAGGCAGGGCUGAUCUUGGCAGGUAGCAGAUUUGGGAUAAUACUUUUUUCUGAGUUAUUUUAGUGUUACAGGAUUGUUAAGUUUGGAGAAUAUUUGCUUAUUUUAGCGUUACAGGAUUGUUUAGUUUGGAAAAUAUUUGCUUGCUUUGGAUUUUAGUGAUGACAUUAGGGUUGCUUUAAGAUUGAUACUAUGUUAUUUGUUUUUUCUGGUGCUCUAUUAACUUCAUUUUGAACUCC